CGCGCGCUCCGCGGCGAAAGCAGCAAAUGGCUCUGGAUUCGCGAGCUCCUUUGUGUGGAGCACACUCGCAGCGAAGCGGCCGAGGCGCACGCCGGCUGCCUCCUCUCCGCCCUGCCGCCAGCGACGCGGGGCAGCCCUGCCGGAGCCGGGGGUCCGCCUCAGUCCGAAACCCAGCGGCUCGACGGUAGCUAGCGGGGGCUGGUGCUCCCCCCACCCCCGGCUCUCUUCCUUGACUCCUCUCGAGGCGGGGAAAUAAAGACCUCCGAAAUAAAGCCGCUGAAAAGAGAGCGGAGAGAGCGAGCGAGAGGGCGCGGGCUGGGCAGGGAGAGGCGAGGGCGCCAACUCUCCUCAGGCGCAGCGCGGUCCUGGGCUGCUUCGGCGAGCGGCGCGUGUGGGGACAACGGAACUCCUCGAAGUUACCUGCCCGGCCGUGAGAGAGAGAGAGGAGGCGGCUUUUGCCUCAGGUAGCCGUCGCCGCGCCCGGCAAGACCGGUGCUUUUGGGAAGAGUUUCUCUUCCCUCCCACCAGCCCUUCUUCUCUUUUACGAGCCGCAAACGGAUGUGAGGCGGGGAAGGUGUUUCUUUCCCACCCCCCUCCUGCUUCUCCUCAGGCACCUCAGUUUUCAGGGGUUUCCCCGCCCCCCGAUUUCUCUCUCUCUCUCGUUUUGUUUUGUUUUGCCUGAACGCCGACACGAAGCGGGAAGACCAGGAGUUUGCUUGAUGUUUUAGUGCGAUGGACGUACGGUUUUACUCGCCGCCGCCUCAGCAGCCGCCGCCACCCUCGCAGUCCGCCGCCGCUCCGGAGACCCCUUGCCUGGGACCUUCUCCUUGCCUGGACCCCUACUACUGCAACAAGUUUGACGGUGAGAACAUGUAUAUGAGUAUGUCAGAGCCGAGCCAGGAGUACGUGCCAGCCAGCCAGUCUUUUCCUGGCCCAAGUCUAGAAAGUGAAGAUUUUAACAUACCUCCCAUCACUCCACCUUCAUUACCUGACCAUUCAUUGGUACAUUUGAAUGACACAGAAUCUGGUUAUCCUUCACUGUGUCACCCGAUCAACCAUAAUGGCCUGCUUCCAUUCCAUCCACAAAACAUGGACCUACCUGAAAUCACAGUCUCCAAUAUGCUUGGCCAAGAUGGAACACUGCUUUCAAAUUCACUGUCAGUGCUGCGAAACUGGACUAACAUGGCAGCUGAAGAAUUUGCUAUGCAAGAAUUACGGAAUACAGAAGGAGCUCAGUAUAGUUCCCACCCCCAGAUAGCAGCCAUGAGACCAAGGGUUCAACCCGGAGAUAUGAGGCAGCCUGGAAUGCUGCAACAUGGUCAGCUGACAACCAUUAACCAGUCACAACUAAGUGCUCAGCUUGGUUUGAACAUGGGUGGAAACAAUGUUCCACAUAACUCCCCAUCUCCUCCUGGAAGCAAGUCUGCAACUCCUUCACCAUCCAGUUCAGUUCAUGAAGAUGAAGGAGAUGACACUUCAAAGAUCAAUGGGGGAGAAAAAAGACCUGCCUCUGAUAUGGGAAAGAAGCCCAAAACUCCCAAAAAGAAGAAGAAGAAGGACCCUAAUGAGCCACAGAAACCUGUUUCUGCCUAUGCAUUAUUUUUCCGAGAUACUCAAGCUGCCAUCAAAGGCCAAAACCCAAAUGCUACCUUUGGCGAAGUUUCUAAAAUUGUCGCUUCCAUGUGGGAUGGUUUGGGAGAAGAACAAAAACAGGUGUAUAAAAAGAAAACUGAAGCUGCUAAGAAGGAAUAUCUGAAGCAGUUAGCUGCAUACAGAGCAAGCCUUGUAUCCAAGAGCUACAAUGAACCUGUGGAUGUUAAGGUAUCCCAGCAACCUCAGAUGAUGAACACAAAGCAGUCAGUAUUCCAUGGAUCUACACAGCCCCAUUCGGCAUUGUAUCUAAGUUCCCAUUACCACCAACAAGGAGGAAUGAAUCCUCACAUAACAGCCAUACAUCCCAAUAUUCCUAGGAAUAUAGCACCUAAGCCUAACAGCCAAAUGCCAGUGACUGUUUCCAUAGCCAAUAUGGCUGUGUCUCCACCUCCAUCCCUUCAGAUGAGUCCUCCUCUUCACCCGCACCUCAGUAUACAACAACACCAGCCACUUACAAUGCAGCAGUCCAUUGGGAACCAGCUACCAAUGCAGGUCCAGUCUGCUUUGCAUUCACCUACAAUGCAACAAGGUUUUACUCUCCAGCCUGAUUACCAGAAUAUUAUCAACCCAACAUCUACAGCUGCGCAAGUUGUUACCCAAGCGAUGGAGUAUGUUCGUUCAGGGUGCAGAAAUCCCCCAGCACAGAGUGUGGACUGGAAUAAUGAUUACUGCAGUAAUGGGGCCAUGCAGAGGGACAAAGCUUUGUAUCUUACCUGAACAGUUUGGGAAAGCGCCUCUUCUUUCCACUGAGGAAUGCAGGGAAGUCUUUUCAUCCCAGAUUGCUAUAUGCAGUCAAGGCAGUUCUGCAUUUAUUUAGAAAAUAUAAGUUGCUAAGCACUUAGGACUAUUUAAGCUGGUGGGUCAUUCACUCUGGGGGGAGGGAAAUAGUCUUGCUCCUUUCUCCACCCCCUUGUUUCUUUUUCUUUCUCCUUCAGCAUCCUCUAAAUGGACGUUGCUUUUCUUCUUUCAUUUAGGAAGGAGGCUUGGACCAUUCAGAUUUUAUGUUGGUUUUUAUUUUUGCUGUGAAGUGCUGCGCUAGUAACUGCCUUAGCAACUGUAGAUGUCUUGGAUAAAAGUCCUGGAUUUUCCAUUGGUUUUCAUAAUGGGUGUUUAUAUGAAACUACUAAAGACUUUUUAAAUGGCUUGAUGUAGCAGUCAUAGCAAGUUUGUAAAUAGCAUCUAUGUUACACUCUCCUAGAGUAUAAAAUGUGAAUGUUUUUGUAGCUAAUUGUAAUUUGAAACUGGCUCAUUCCAGUUUAUUGAUUUCACAAAGGGGGUUAAAUUGGCAAACAUUCAUAUUUUUACUUCAUUUUUAAGCAACUGACUAAUAGUUCUAUAUUUUCAAACUCUUUGAAAGAAAAAAGGAAAAUUAUUCCCAAAUGAAUUUAAUUAAACAGAAAUUGGCUUUCUGUCAUUAGUUAUACAAAAAAAAAGUUUAGUGUUGGGAAAAGAGCAAACACAUUUAUUUUGUACUGCCUAAAACUGCUUUUUUAUCACUUUAUGUGUAAUGGUUAGUAAACGUCAUUUACGUCCUCUUAUGUAUAAAAUGGCCAAAUGCUUUCUUGAUAUUUUAUUAGAUGCUGAAACAGAUUGGAAACAUCUAAAUUAUAACCUUUACAUACGGCUAUGUAUUAUUGUUUCUUCAUACUGUGUCUGUAUUUAAUCUUUUUUAUGGAAGCUGUUGCGCCUAUUUAUGAAAUAAUAAAUAUAGGUGUUUGUAAGUAAAUUUGUUAGCAUCUUAAAGAAGAUUUUUUUAAAACUACUUUUGUUGGCAUCAAUGUAUUUGCUGCUGGUGUGAAUACUUUUAGUUUAGUUUUUACAGUGAUAUGAAUAAAGCCAAACCAGCUUUUCAUGGCAGAAAAAGAAGGUAAUCAACAUUUAUUCUAUACUUCCUAAGUUGAUCUGUGACCAAAAAAAAAAGUAGAGGGGGGAGCUAAAUCCUUAACAAACUUCCCUGUAUCUCUAGUCACAAGUUACCUAGAUCACAUUAGUGAAGACUAAAUAAGGAGAUAUAGAGUAUGUCAAAAGUAUGAUGUGCACAGGGACUUCCCCAUUCUCUUCUGUGAAGGGAAGCUUUCUGCACAUAGGUAGGAAUGGUGUUACAUGCACAGGUCAUUCCUGUGCCUACAGGCAACAGCAAAGAAGCCCCUACAUGAGUGCAGCUCCAUAUAAUGUAUUGGGGCAGCUGGAGCAGCGCUGCUGUUCUAAAUGGAUGCCUUUGGCAUUCAGAGAACAUUUGCCCCAAAAAACAAAGGUGAAUUUUAAUGGAAAAAAGAAACCAAAAUGUAAAGUUACCAAAAAAUACUUCAGUUAUGAAGGCAAAAAGGGCUAGGUCAUAAUUUUUAUGAGUAGGAAGUAGCAAGAACAGGGCUAAAUUCUUCAGUAACCACUGAAUGGCCCAAGAGUAGAAUAGUGAUUAAGAGAGGCCAAAACUGAGUAUUUUUACCACUUAGAUUAAGGGAAGUCCAACAUAGUACCCUCCAGAUAAUAUUGGACCACAGCUCCCAUAAACCCUGACUAUUAGUCACAUUGGGGAUGAUGAAAGUUGUAGCCCAACACUAUCUGGAAGAACCACAUUGGCUACCCCUUGGUUUAGAACAUGAAUAGUUAUGAAUAACCCAUUCUGAGAUGAAUCCAUCCACGGUCCUCCAAAUGGGAAUGGGCCUACUUAGGAAGGGAUGAAUAAGGGAUGUUGUAGGUGUGUCAAACACUGCCAGUUCUCCCAUCUGUAUAUUGACUAUGCCAGAGACAGAGUUAACUAAUCAUUCUCCAAUUAACAUUGAAGGUAGCACUCUUAAUUUUUGGACCCUAUCUUUGUUUCCUUAAGAGUUCUCCUUCUCCCCAUCCAAACAGAGCAUCAAAUUAUGUUUUGAGAAAGCUGGUGCAAUUUCUGUUUCCUUUUGUCCACUUACUCUUGGCUACAAGCUCUGCCAGGCAAUUCAUAUCUCCUGUUUGGGAAAAUCUAGUAUUCUCAUCUUAAGGGAUGCUCAGGGUGGCAAACUUGUACUGGUUAAAUUGCGAAUCAGCUGGCUUCUAUUUCAUAUGUGAAAUAGAGAUAUUGUGUUAAUCCAAUCCAAAAGAAAAAGAUGUAAAAUGCCUGAAAAGUACAUUAUGUUUGCUUUGAAAUGAAAUUAGGCAAUGUACAAACUUGAAUCACUUGAGCAUGUAAUAACUAAUAAAUAAUGCAGAUCAGAUGUGAUUAUUCAAAUGGCUAUAGCUGAGUUCUAAUUUUCUUGUCUUGAAUCCAUAUAGGAAGUCACAAUUACAUUCACGGUUUUAUUGUCUUUAUGUUGAGUACUUUAGAAAUAAACCAGCACUAACAAUUAGCUAAUAUUUCCCAUUAAAUUCUGUUAUAGUAAAAUUUCAUUUCCCACUCAGAAUAAUUCUACAAAGAGAGAAGCAGUUGGCAGUUAUGGGAAUCAGCUUCAACAGGAUUUGAUGGGAGAGUGCUGUGUUAUCAAUAUCUUUGCUAGAGAGGCUGUGCUGUCACAGAAUACCAUUUAUUAAUUUCAGUAGCCAACCAAGGUUCAAACUAGAAGCAAAUAUCAAUGUCAAUAAAACGUAUGUCAUAAUUAAAGAA